AUGAAAUGCAGCCACAAAAUGGGGAAAGACAUUGAAGAAUAUUUAAAGGCAUUGGCCAAGAUUGAAAUUGAAUAUAGCAAGAGCCUGAGUCGUCUUAACAAAAUGCUGAGAAAAAGACCUAGGUUGUGGAUGUCUUUUAUUUAUUUGGCAAUAUUUUUCAGGAAGAUCAGUCAAGCCUGGCAAGAAUUUAAACUACAAAUGGAACAUGUUGCUUCCAACCAUGAAGAGGUCAGCCAUAUCCUGAAUAAUCAAGUUGAAAGCCUAAGAUUAAUUAAUGACAAACAUGAGGAAAGACGAAAGAUGAAAGACUCAGUGAAAAAAUGUCAAACAGCAAAAUCCACAAUAUACACACGGACAUUGACUGCUGAAAAGAACUACAGUCAGAAAUGCAAGGAAAAAGAACAAUUAAAGAAGCAAUAUGAGUCGAUCAAAAUGACCACUGCAGCCAACAAAGAAAGUGAAAAGUUAUUUAACAAGUAUCAGAAAGCAAUUCAAACCACAGACCAAGCAGACUGUGCAUACAAGACAAGCAUUGAUCAACUUGAAGAGCAACGUAAACAAUGGGAAAAAGAAAUGACUAAUGCUUGCGUGACUUUUCAAAGAGAUGAAGAAGAGAGAAUACAUUUUGAACGUGAAUUGUUAUGGAUUGUGUGCAAUGCCAGAUCUCAGGCCUGUGUUGAUGAUGACAAGGCUUAUGAAAAUAUCCGCCAGCAGUUAGAGUUGUGUGACAUCCAGGAUGACAUCAGAGAUUUUAUCAACAAUAAUCGUACAGGCCACAUCAGACCAGCUCCGAUAUUGUACAAUGAAUCAAAAUGA